GAUAAGGAACGACAUUUUUUGAUAGUAACAAACAAGUCUUUUGUUUUACAAGACUUGAUACAAACAAUUCCACGCCAUUUUCGACGGAUCCUCGAUCAUGGCCACCAUCGACGUGAGCCUGCAGAGACGGUCUCUGCUCCGAGACGCGGCCACGCUCCAAUUCCUGCCGCGGGAACUGGUCCUUAUCAUCCAGGACCACCACACUCACUCGAGCCAGCUCUUAGAGGCCAUCGCGACGGCCGCCCUCAUUGCACCCGCCACAGACAGGAUAUUCGCCCACUGGGACAGCUGUUUUGCCGACAUCUGCGCCAGAUGGGUCUUGUCCCACCCAAAGCUCGAUGUAAAAGUUUUUGCGUCGUUUGCCAGGAUCUUGCCGUUUGCGCCGGCUCUGUCUGUGUUUCUUACAUCGCAUAUUCAAGGGGGAGGAGGAGCCGGAGGAUUGAGACCAGGACAGCAAAUACUCGACCACCUUGACUUGACCUCGUUUAGUGAUAUCGACCUCCCCAUUAUUCUCCUCGCCUUAUGGAGACUCAAUAAUUUUGACAAGAGAACUUAUUCACCACUCUCGAGCCCGUCACAGCUCCAGUCUCUGUUCACCACCCAUGCCAACCCUGCAGUGAGAUGUCUCGCCAUCCGGAUUUUCUGCCAGCUCCACGACGCCUCGGACCAGAAGCUGGAGGCUUUGUUCACCAAAUACAUUGCCCAGGACACCAGUCUGAUUGCGGAUUUGGACGGGAGAAGGGCGGAUUAUUCGUUUCUGAGCCUGUAUGAGGAUGCGAGGAGCCAAGAGGUCCAGCGCCUUCGCAGUAGUAUCCAGACUGAGCAGCAGCAACAGCAAGAAGGACCGGUUGCUCCAGUAAUUCAAAAUCUUACCCCCCUUGUUGUCACAUAUGGCAAGACUGUCCUUCCACGGCCCCUCGGUCCUGUGAACACGCCAAGUACCCUCGCGCUCACUUCGACGACGGUGGAAAAUCUCGAGAAUCUCGGCAGGCUUUUGCAGAAGCCAGGUCCCGUUCUGCUCCAUGGUCUGUCCGGUGCGGGCAAGACAUCGUUGGUUCAGGAGGUUGCGAGGGAGUUGGGGAAGCAGGGUGAGAUGGUCACGCUGCAUCUGAACGAGCAGACGGACGCCAAGAUGCUUCUGGGGCUGUACACGACAAAUGAGAAGCCCGGUUCAUUCUCGUGGCGCCCAGGUGUUUUGACGACAGCGGUCAGGGAAGGAAGAUGGGUCUUGAUUGAGGACCUGGAUCGUGCACCGACCGAGGUUAUGAGCACGCUGCUGCCCCUUAUUGAGCGUGGAGAGCUUCUGAUUCCGGGGCGUGGGGAGAGGAUACAGGCUACCAGUGGGUUCCGGAUGUUUGCGACGGUUCGGACGUUGAUGGGAAUGAAUGACAAGGAGAAUCUACCGAAUAUGAUUGGGCAGCGGUUGUGGCAGUUACUGCAUAUCAAGGCUCUUCCGAGGGAUGACUUGAGGGAGGUCAUCGUUGGGAGAUAUCCGUUGCUGCACAGGUAUACAGUUGGGAUUUUGGCCGUUUUCGACAGGCUUAUUGCUUCGACGAGUGGUUCUUCGAGGCUGUCUCUUGGGCGGACGGUGUUGGACCGGCCCAUUGGUACGAGAGAUCUUUUGAAGUGGUGCGGGAGAUUGGACGAUAUCCUGCGCUCGGCUGGUGUCAAGACUGGGGAAGAGCCCGUCACGGAUACUACGAGAGACCGGAUGUUCCUGGAGGCUGUGGACUGUUUCGUCAGCAACAUUCAUGAAAUUGCUGCUCGCAAUCUGUUGAUUCAAGCUAUUGCCAAGGAGAUGCAUCUUUCCCCUGAACGGGUUCGGCAUUAUCUCUCACAUUACAUCCCCGAUAUGGUGGACUCCGAGUCACGGCUGACGAUUGGCCGUGCCUCUUUUGUCAAGUCACGGAGGUCUGGCAGGAUCACCAAGUCAAAGAGACCUUUCGCUACUACCGUUCAUGCCAAGAGGCUGCUCGAGCAGAUUGCCGUUGCUGUCAAGCACCGUGAGCCCCUUUUGCUCGUCGGUGAGACCGGCAUCGGUAAGACUACGGUGGUUCAGCAACUUGCCGAGUCGCUCGGUCACCAGCUCGUUGCCGUCAAUUUGUCUCAACAAAGCGAAGCCAGUGAUUUGCUUGGCGGUUUCAAGCCUGUCAGCGCCCAAAGUCUUGCCAUGCCCAUCAAGGAGGAGUUUGAGGAUCUUCUUGAGAAGACCGGUGUCUCUGCUGAGAAGAACAGGGAAUAUCUCGAUCGUAUUGCCAAGAGAUUUGUCAGGGGCAAGUGGAGAGAAGUCUCCAAGGAGUGGCGGAAGGCUCCCAAGAUGUUUGAGGCUAUUCUUGAGAAGCUGGAGAGCGCCCAGACUAAAGAUGAGCCAGCCGAGGAGCAGCCAGCCAAGCGCCGCAAGACUGGGUCGACAAAGCUGCAACGGUUGCGUGACUUGAGACCUCGCUGGGAUACCUUUUCUCAGAGUCUCGAUCAGUUCGAUAGGCAGGUUGCCAGCGGGGGUGCUUUCGCCUUUGCCUUUGUCGAGGGCAAGAUUGUCAAGGCUGCCAGGAAUGGCGACUGGAUUCUCCUGGAUGAAAUCAACCUUGCUUCGCCCGACACGCUGGAGAGUAUUGCUGGUCUCUUCCAGACGACACCCUCUCUUCUUCUCUCAGAGACGGGAGAAAUCGAGAGGAUCCAGGCACACCCAAACUUUCGUGUUUUCGGCGCCAUGAACCCAGCCACCGAUGUGGGCAAGCGAGAUCUCCCACUCGGUCUGAGAUCUCGCUUCACCGAGAUAUAUGUUCAGAGCCCCGAUCGGGAUAAGAAGGAUUUGCUUACCAUCAUCAAGACUUAUCUGAAGGGCAACAACAGCACCAUUGACCGCUUGGCUGAUGAUGUUGCUGAUUUGUAUCUUGAGAUCAAGCAGAGGGCAGAGGCGAAGCAGUUGGUCGACCAGGCCAGUGAGGUUCCUCACUUCAGUUUGCGUACCCUGACGCGGGUCCUAACAUACGCCAACGAUGUGGCUCCUGUGUAUGGACUCGACCGUGCCUUGUAUGAGGGUUUCUGCAUGUGCUUUACUACUCUGCUCAGCGAGGAGUCGGAGCGCACAGUCAGGCCGCUUAUUCACCAGCAUCUCCUCAGGAAGUCCAAUAUUCUCACUCAACCACCGAAGAAGCCCCUCGAUGGAAAGCCUUAUAUCUCCUUCAAGAACACGGACAAGAACCAUGAGUACUUCUUGCUCCAAGGCAACCACGAGCCCAUUGUGCGAGACGACUACAUCAUCACUCGCUACGUUGAGCGCAAUCUCCUCAACCUUGUCCGCGCCACCUCUACUCGGAGGUACCCCAUCCUCAUCCAAGGUCCCACAUCCGCAGGUAAAACAAGCAUGAUUGAGUACCUGGCCAACUACACUGGCAACAAGUUUGUCCGCAUCAACAACCACGAGCACACCGAUCUCCAAGAAUACCUGGGCACUUAUGUCUCUGAUUCGGAAGGCAAGCUCAGGUUCCAGGAGGGUUUGCUCGUCCAGGCCAUGCGGGAAGGCUCUUGGAUUGUGCUCGACGAGCUGAACCUGGCGCCUACCGAUGUCCUCGAAGCUCUCAACCGCCUGUUGGACGACAACAGGGAGCUGCUCAUCCCCGAAACUCAAGAGAUUGUCCGGCCGGCAGAGAACUUUUGUUUGUUCGCCACGCAGAAUCCCCCUGGCUUGUACGGUGGCCGCAAAGUCUUGUCCCGCGCUUUCAGAAACAGAUUCUUGGAGCUUCACUUUGAUGAUAUUCCAGAAAGCGAACUCAAAGAGAUUUUGCAGCAGAGAAGCAGGAACACGGCCCCUUCUGACUGCGGGAGAAUCGUCAACGUUUACAAGCAGCUCACCCGCCUCCGUCAGGAGUCCCGUGUUUUUGAGCAAAAGAACUCUUUUGCUACGUUGAGAGAUUUGUUCAGGUGGGCUCUUAGAGAGUCGGAGACACGACAGGAGAUCGCUGAGCAUGGCUACAUGCUUUUGGCUGAGAGAGUCCGCAAGCCGGAGGAGAGGGACGAGGUUAGGAAGGUUAUCGAGCAGGAGUUCAGGGUCACUAUUGACUCGGCCAAGCUGUAUGAUCUUGACAGUGCGCCUGAGCUGAGAAAUGUCAAGGCGAGGAAUAGCCAGGGGGUUAUCUGGACGAGGGCGAUGAGGCGGUUGUAUGUUUUGGUCAAGAGGGCGAUCAAGAACAAUGAGCCGGUUUUGCUGGUGGGUGAGACAGGUUGUGGUAAGACGACUGUGGUGCAGUUGCUGGCCGAGUUUGAGGGGCAGGGGUUGCACAUUGUGAAUGCGCAUCAGAAUACGGAGACGGGGGAUUUGAUUGGUAGUCAGAGGCCGGUGAGGAAUAGGGGGGCGGUUGUGGAUGCUCUGUUCCGGGAUUUGGAGGAGCUGGCGGGUUUGCUUGAGAGGGAGAGGGGGUCUUUGGAGGAGUUGCAGGAGUGGUAUAGGACUCUGUCGGCUGACGAGCUGGCGAGGGUUCCGGAGGCGUUGAGGACAAAGAUUCAUGCUGGGAUCACGAGAAGCAAGGCCCUGUUUGAGUGGAGUGACGGUAGUCUUGUUCAUGCCAUGAGGGAGGGCAGCUACUUUCUUCUUGAUGAGAUUUCUCUCGCAGAUGACUCGGUCCUGGAGCGUCUCAACUCGGUCCUUGAGCCUCAGCGCACGCUUCUUUUGGCCGAGAAGGGCGUCGACGACUCUUUUGUUCAGGGCACCGAAGGCUUCCAGUUCUUUGCUACCAUGAACCCCGGUGGCGACUUUGGAAAGAAGGAGCUUUCUCCGGCUUUGCGCAACCGUUUCACUGAGAUUUGGGUGCCCGCCUUUUCGGAUGUGGAGGAUGUUCAUGACAUUGUCGUCUCCAAGCUCGACAAGAGAUUCAAGCAGGGGAAGAGCACCAAGUCGAAGCCUGUCUCCCAGAUCAUCGUCGAGUUCGCUUAUUGGUUUGGCAAGACCUUCCGUCCUUCUUCGGCUACUGCUUUCUCGGUCAGAGAUAUCCUCUCCUGGGUCCAGUUCAUGAACACGUGCCCCUUCAAGUCCACUGAUCUCGGCCUUCUUCACGGUGCGGCCAUGGUGUUUAUCGACACCAUCGGUGCCAACCCCUCCGCUCUUAUCUCGGUCGACCCCAAGGAGAUGGCCUCACAGCGCCAGCAAUGUCUCGAGCAGCUUGGUGCUCUUUGCGGCAAGGACCUCAGCCAGCUGUACUUUCAAGAGCCAGAACUCGAGAUCACCCCCGGAGCUCUCUCCAUCGGGGAUUUCGGUGUCGAGAGGUUCGAGGCUGCCGAGCCUGAUGCCGGUGAUGAGUUUGCCGUUCCUACCACCAAGAUGAAUGCCAUGCGCGUGAUUAGAGCGCUGCAAGGGACGAAGCCGAUUUUGCUGGAGGGUAACCCUGGUGUGGGCAAGACUACGUUGAUUACGGCUUUGGCGAGGGCUUGUGGACGGCCGCUGACGAGGAUCAACCUGAGUGAUCAGACAGAUCUGAUGGAUCUGUUUGGUACGGAUGUGCCGGUGGAGGGGGCGGAGGCGGGUAAUUUUGUCUGGCAGAAUGCGCCGUUUUUGGAGGCGAUGCAGAAGGGGGAGUGGGUCUUGUUGGAUGAAAUGAACUUGGCUUCUCAGACGGUUCUGGAGGGUUUGAACGCCUGUCUUGACCAUCGUGGAGAGGUGUACAUUGCCGAACUGGACCAGGUUUUCAAGCGCCAUCCCGACUUCAAGCUGUUUGCUGCCCAGAAUCCUCAUCACCAGGGCGGUGGUCGUAAGGGUCUUCCUAGUUCGUUUGUCAACCGUUUCACUGUGGUCUACUCGGACGUCUUCACCAAGGAGGAUUUGCUUCAUAUUACGGCCAAGAAGUUCGCCAAGAUUGGGGAAGAUACUCAGCAUCGUCUUAUUGAGUUUAUGUCGAAGCUUGAUGACGAGGUUGUUGGCAGACGGUCGUUUGGUGCGCUCGGGUCUCCGUGGGAGUUCAACUUGCGUGAUACCCUUCGCUGGGGCGAUUUGUUGACUUCCGACAAAGCCCUCUUGGCCGACCGCAAGCCGGAUGAUUAUCUUGAUGUCAUUAUUCGACAGCGUUUCCGGUCGGAGCGUGACCGUGAGGCGGUCAACAAGCUCUUUGCUGAGAUCUUUGAGCGGAUGCCUGAGCAGCAUGGCCUCUACCAUGAUAUCAAUCCCUAUUUCUGCCAGGUCGGGCUUGCUACCAUCAAGCGGAAUGCGCUGUCGCAGCCGACGCAAUUCCCGGCGAUUGAUCCAAUUGCCAGGCUCAAGGAGAUUGAGUCGAUUUUGAUUGCUAUUGAGCAGGACCUGCCGUGUAUCUUGGUUGGUCCUUCGGGCAGUGGGAAGUCGUCUCUUUUGGCCCACGUUGCGGCUUUGGCUGGUAAGCCUUUGGUCAUCUUCCCGCUUAAUGCGGAUGUCGAUGCCAUGGAUCUUAUUGGUGGCUUUGAGCAGGCUGAUCCUCACCGUGAGGUGCAAGCGGCGUUGUCCAGGUUCAGACAGGCUCUUCAGGACCAGAUUCUCAGCACUCUGCCAAGCAUGGUGGCGCGUGUGGCUCUAGAUGUGUUGACUACCUUGGGGUCCUGCUUGACCGGGGAGGCUCAUCAGUAUGAGACUCUUCUGCCACUCAUCGAGAGCCUUCAGGUCGAUCCAGCUGUCAACCAGGAGCUCGCCACUCUUUUGGAUCAGGCAAAGGAGGCUUUGCACAAGCCGUUGACGCUCGAGAACCCGAGAUUCGAGUGGCUCGAUGGUGUCAUUGUUCGGGCUGUCGAGACUGGCGCUUGGUUGGUCCUCGAUAAUGCCAACCUUUGCAGUGCUUCUGUGCUGGACAGACUGAACUCGCUCUUGGAACGGCCGAAUGGUAUCCUCAGCAUCAAUGAGCACAGUGGUCCGGGUGGUGAGCCGAGGAUCAUUAAGCCCCAUCCUGAUUUUAGGAUUUUCCUCACGGUCGAUCCGAGGUAUGGAGAGCUGUCGAGGGCUAUGAGGAAUCGUUCGGUGGAAAUUUAUCUUGAUGUUCUUCCUGCUGGGACAAGUGUUGUUGUUGAGAGGAUUGCACCUGUUGAUGGGACGCUUCAGAGAUACCAUACUGCUGCGAAGUUGGCGUCGUCUCAAGGCACCGAAGAGGGACAGCUUAUUCCUUUGGCGUUUGAUGCCAUCUCCCUUGGAGACAGCAGCCGUCUUGAUGCUUACAUCAACAUCAUCCGCGAGGCUCUCAGCGAUGGCUCGCCAUCUCCUGUUCAGUCACCCGACGUCCUGCAACAUCUUGACCUGCUCUUGUCUUACAUCCACCAUGAAGACGCCGGUGAACUCCGCCAGGCCAUCGCGGGGUUGUACACCCCGUCCCCGGACAAGAUGCUCAUGCCUCUUCACCCGUUGAUCAACUCCCCUAUGAUGCCGCUCCUGGACCAAGCCCGCGAGGGACUCACCUGCUGGCUGGCAGUCUGCUACGAGCUCUUUAUCGACAUCCAAAAAGCAGAAAAAGCCAUGGCUGGCCAACUCUCCAAGGUCAACGUCAGCAAGCCAUCCUCAUUGAACCGCCUGCAGAGGUCGUUUGUCGCGGACAAGGUCGCUUCCCUCGCCAAGGACUCCACGGUCAACUCUGUCCGGUUUUUGGCGUCGGUUGCCAAGGCGAUCAAGGGGUACAUCUCCACCAGCACUGCCGAGCCUGGAAACUGGAAACAGCGCCGCGCUAUCCUCCGCCGCGUGGUCCUCUUUUGGAAGAGGACAUUCUCCUUCCUCAUUGCGUCUCAGUUUGAGGAAGCGAGAUUCCAGUCCCAUUUGACUCAGGGUGCUAACCUCCUCCGCCGAUCUCUUGCCAUGGCUGGUCGAGAUGAUGAGGGGAUUCAGAAACUACUUGUCUUGAUUGGGGAAUUUCUCGAGCGGGACUUUGUCGUUGGGUUCAAGCUUGGGACAGGUCUCUCCAUGGAGACGAUGUGGCGGGCUUUACGUCCUGAUCCUAUUGCUGACCAGGCUACGCUUGAGCAAGUGAUGGAGCUGGAGAGGUUGGCGGAUAGGUUUGAUGAGAUGAGGUGGAGGGUUGAUGUUGAUAUCGCCACCCUGAGAACAGUUCAGGAUUCCAUGGCGAGGAUCUAUGCUGUUGUUCGCACGGGGAAGGUGGAUGGUGCCUCUCUCGUCAAGGACCUCCAACAGGAGAUUUCUGCGUUGGAGGCAAAGAUUGGGGUGCACUCUGCCGCUCACGAGCCCUUUUUCGCGAGUAGUUUUGAGGGGUUGAGGCAGGUGGGGGUGUUGCAUAGGAUAUCAACCGGGGGGAGGAUCGGGGAGGGGAGUGGUGAUGUGGAUGUUUUGUCGAGCUUGCCUACUGCCAGUCUGAUGAGGAUUCAGUGUAUGAAGGGGACGGGUUUGCAGGGGGUGGAUUGUGUUCUUGCGCAACAGGGACAGGGGAGUGAGGUGGUGCACCCUUGGGAGGGGGAGCUUUCAAAGGCGUUGUUGAGGAGGUAUGAGGCUGCAGCUUCGGCGAGUUUGGGCCAGCUGAGGAGUUUGGAGGUGGAGAUGCCUAUCAUGGGGCGGGCGUUGGCGGGGGCGAGUGAGGCGCUUGCUGCUGAUCCUCUGGGGAAGGCGGAGGGGCUUUUGGUGAGGUUGAUGGGUGAGGUGAUGAGUGCUCAUGACCCGUCCCAGAAAGGGGGAGUGGAGGUGUUGUUUGAGAGUUUGGUCAAGGGGGCCAGGAUGGGGGCGGUGGAGUUGGGGGAGCUGGGGGGUUGGUUGGAGCAGAGUGAGCAGCUUCAGAUGAUGGAGGGGGGAGAUUGGCCGGAGCAUGUGGUGAAGGUUUUCAGAGGUCACUUUGCAAAGGCUUUGUUGGCGCUGGUGGCGGCGAGGAAGGGGUUGCAGCCUAGGUCGGCGUUUGCGAGCAUUGCGUGGGUGAGGUUUGCGCUGGGGUGUGUGACGCUUUUUGUGCCGGAUAAGAUCUUUGAUCCGCAUCAUCGGGCGCAGAUUGAGGCCGAGGAGCAUCAUGAGCUUUACGUGGGUCUUCAGAGGGAGAUUGCUGCUCUUGAGGCCUUUGAGGUGGCGUUUACCGGUCAGAAGACGGGCAUCCGAUUGAAAGCUCUGGCUGAGGAGGCGGGUGGGUUGGGAGAGCCGCCUGCGGUUCAGUCGAUUUACCGUCCUGGGGGUGGUGAGCUGCGCAGUUUGCAGGGGGAGUUUAGCAAUGUUCUUGGUGCCCUUUUGGCGAACGAUGUUGCGACGACGCAUCUCAAGUCUAUCAUGUCGUCUUCGACUGAGGUUACUGAGGAGCUUUCGCUGGUGGAGCAGAACGUCUCGCUUCUUAUUCAUCGGUUGACUUCCCGGUUUGGGGCUUAUCAGGAUCUGACCAUGCCGCUGGUCAGUUUCCUUCGCUGCCUCAAGAUGGGCCUUUCCCUUGGGAGGGGUGUUGUACCCCCUGCCACGGCAUCUGAGGAUAACGAAGACGAGGACAACAAAUCCGAGGUCUUGGUCUCUGUCACGCCCUUCCUUCAGGGGACGGUCUACCGUGCCGAGACGGAGGAUCUUCCCCUGAGAAACUUUGCGUUCUUGUAUUUUGUCCAGACGGUUGCUGCUGUUGAAGGCAGGAAUCAACUUCCCCCAUCCAUGAGGAAACAGCUCUUUGAGUCACUGGCCUUCAUCCACGAAGUCUACAGCAAGAAGUUUGAAGAGGACAAGCGCAAGGAAGUCGAAGCUAGCGGGCUGAGUUAUGUCCACAAGGGCAGCUUGGAGGACGAGAAGGAGUAUGACCGGCAGGAAUUCGACAGCCUCUUCCCUGAUUAUCAAGACGAGGGCGACAACGAUGAUCACGACAAGACCAAGGUCAGGAAGCCCAAAAAGUCGAAGCGGUCGGGCAAGGAUCUCGCGGUGAUGCUCGCCGAGGCGCAUGAGAAGAUUUUCCUUGGGAGUCAAGAGCCGCAGGUGAUGAUCAAGGAGCUUUGCACACAGGUUGCCAGGACAGUCGCCAGAUCAAAGGGUGGGCAAACGGGCCCGGAGAUGGACGCCAUGCUACUCCCCGCUACGCUGCUUGUGUUUGAGGACUCGGUCAAGGCCUUUUCGGCCAGUGUCGAGACGGGCGAUUACAACUUUUACACUGAUGCCCACCUCGCUGAGGUUCGCAAGGUUUUGAACCUGGUUAAUGCCAUCCGCAAUCGGUUCCUUGAACUGCAAGGGAUCGACGAGAUUGGCCAUCAUCAAACGCUUGCUGAUGUUAUCCUUGCGUGUGACAAGGUUCUCGAGAUGGCUAUUGACGACCCGCUUGCCAAGAUUAUCACAGCGAUUGAGAAACUGCACGCUCAUGUUUACGAGUGGCAUGAAGGCGGCUGGGCUACGGCUGCUAAUAAGGCUGUGGCGCUGUAUGAGAAGCUGCGGGAUACGAUUUGUGACUGGAGGAGGUUGGAGCUGUCGUCUUGGUCGCGGUUGCUGGAUGUCGAGGUCAAGAAGACGCAUGAUGCGGCCAAAGCUUUCUGGUUCGACGCGUACAAUGACGUUAUCCUCAAGUCGUGCGUGUUUCUUGAGGAGGGGUUGCUCAAGGAGUAUGCGGUUGAACUUUUGGAAACCCUCUCGACGUACUUUACUGGUGAUCGCUGCACUGUUGGGCAGUUCAAAGCGCGGUUGGGGUUGUUGAGGCAGUUGAAGAGCCAGCUUGAUCUGCUGACGAGGGAUGAGAAGGAGUUUGGCGUUGUUGGCGAUGCGGUGGAGAAUAGUAUCAGGUACUAUGGACGGUAUCUGGGCAAGGUGGAGGAGUAUAUCAAGAAUGGGAGGCAGCCGCUGGAUAGGAGUAUGAAGGAUGUGUUGUUGAUGGGGAAGUGGAGGGAUAAGAAUAUUGAGGCUUUGAGGGCGAGUGCACGGAAGUCUCAUGAGAAGCUGUUUAAGCUGGUGAGGAAGUUCAGGGCGGUGUUGGAGCAGCCUGUCAGGGUCAUUACUGAUCAAGGGCUGCCGGAGGAGAAGUAUGAGGGGGUUGUUGGGGGGGAGAUGGUGGUCAAGAAGGUUGAGCACAGUGUGGAUCCCAAGGCUAUCGAGGUGUGCCGGGAGAUGGUCCCUGGGAUUGAGGCUCAUCCUCAGUGGAGUCGGAUGGUGAAUCUACCCGGGGUGCUGAAGGCUAUGGGGAGACACGGCUCGCUGCCUGCGGGUGUUGUUGAAGCUGCGAAGACGGUGGAUGAGUACAUCACUGAUUUGGUCUCUUCGAUUGCCGAGUUGAGGAAGGAGACGCCUAGCACGCUUACGGAUGAGAAUAAGGAGGCUGUGAGACAUCUCAAGACUCGCAAGGUUACGCUCUUUAGCGAGACCCUCAAGACCCUUCGCGCUAUGGGCUUCAGCCGCAACUUGGGCACGAACAUUCUCGACAAGCAGAGCAGUACGCAAAAGGUUCUUGUUGGGUCGGGGUUGGUGCCUCAUCUUUCUGGGCCGGAAUUGGACGCGCUUGAGUACUUUUACCACAAGACUCUUGACCUAGCUCCCAAGGUCCGCAAGGCUGCCAAUGAUCAUAAUGAGGAUCUCAACAGGGAGGUUGUGGGGAGGAGUGUUGGUUUCUUUGAGGGCGUGCUGCAUGUCAUGUUCAAGCAGAGGCAGUUUUUGUCCAAGACUGCGCAUGCUGAUCAGGCACUCGAGGAGGCGAUUGCCUACGUCAGGCAGCUUUCUAUUGCUGGAGAAGGCUCUUUUGCGCCGGAGACCAAGCAGACCAACUACGCUCAGGUGCUGAAGUGGUUGGUGCAGAUUGUCAAGUUUGGUGUUCAUCUCGUUGAUGUUCACGGCAAGCUUGGUCAGAUUGAUAAUGAGCCUGUCGAAUCUAGGUUGGGUGCUUGGGUUGAGACGUUUGCCAAGUUGGAGAAGACUCAGCUGAAUCUGCCUCAACUUCCCGAAGGCUUUGUUUCCUUGCCCCAGGAGACUCUCCAAGUCGACGUCGAGAGGGAGUUGGCCGCUUUGAAGACUGACCUUCAAGCCCUGGUUCAAGAGCGUCCUGAUCUGGCAUUUGUGAUGGAGCAAAUCAACCUCUGGACCGACAUCCAAACCACCGCCGAAAUCACCAACGGCCCCCAACACUCUGGUAUCGACACCUUUGCCAACUCAGCCCUGACCCUCUCAAGCAAAAUCUUGGUCGCCCUCCAAAACUUCCAAAAGGUCGCCUCCACCCUCCCCGCAACAACAGAAGACCCAAGCUGGCUUGUGACAUACGGGGAGGCCCUCCAACAGUCCAUCGACGCCCUCCGCAUGCCCACCAUCACAAACGACAUCACCUCUCUAAUCUCCCAGCUCCGCUCCAUUCCCACACCAUCAGUCGCCACCCCGAUUUUACGACUAGUUUUACCCAUCCUACAACAAUACUCGGCCUCCUGCCUUGACAACAUCACCCAAUUCACCUCCCUCCACCGCACCCUCUGCCGCCUAGGCUACACCCUCUCCACCUCCUUCACCAUCAUCUCCUCCCAAGGCUUCUGCACGCCCAGCGAACCGUCCAACGAGAAGUCCAACGAAACCGGCAACGUCGAAAACGACGGCACUGGCCUCGGCGACGGGGAAGGAGCAGAGGAUAUCAGCAAGGACAUCCAACCUGACGAGGACCUCACCGAGCUGGCUCAAGACAAGAAUAAUAACACGCAGGGUGACAUUGAGGAGCACGACGACGCGGUUGACAUGGGGGAUGAUGAGCUGGAGGGUGAGCUUGGGGAUGUGGCGGGUAAGGAUGAGGAAGAGGAGGAUAAGGACGGGAGUGAUGAUGAGGGGGAUGAUGAGGAUGUGGAUGAGCAGGCUGGGGAUGUGGAUGAUCUUGAUCCUACGGCGGUGGAUGAGAAGAUGUGGGAUGGGAGUGGGGAGGAUGAGGCGGAGAAGGAUCAGCAGGGGGAGGGGGAGAAGGGGGAGAGGGAUGAGAGUGAUACUGUUGCUGCUGAGGAGAAGAAAGACGAUAAAAAGAAGAAGGAGGAAGAGAAUAAAGGGGAGGGGAAUGAGAAGGGAGAGGAGGAUAAAGAAGGGGAGGAUGAAGAAGAGGAAGGGGAGCCGGGGGAUGAGAAUGAGGGGGUGGCGAUGGAGGAGUUGAAUAAGCAGGAUCAGAAUGUGGAUGAGCAGGAGACGUUGGCGUUGCCCGAGGAUAUGGAUGUUGACAUCAGUGAUGGUGAAGGGGAGGAGGAAGAUGAUUUGGAUGGGUUGAGUGACGUUGAUCCUGAUAAGAUUGAUGAAGAGGAGAAGAGAACUGGGGAGGAUGAUGCUGAUAGCGAUAAUGGCGAGGAACAAGAAAAGGGAGAGGAAGAACAUCAGAAAGACGAGGAGAUUGACGAGGCGGGGGCGGAAGAAGAAGGAAAGAUCGAUGCCGCGGGUGAGAGAGAAGAGGAGAUGGAUGUUGACGAGCAAGGGGACGAAGGCAGGGAAGAUGAAGAGGAGAAGCCCAAGCCGAUGCAGGAUGAUGGCGGUGGUGCUGAUCAGAAUGACGUCGCGCCUAGCGAGGUUCAGAACGGGGGUGGUCAGGCGCAAGAUGAUGCGAAUGAUAUGGAGCAGGAUGAGACGGAGAACAAGGCUGCGCAGAGGGAGUCUGGCGCUGUGAGCAAGCAGCAGGCCGAGCAAGACAAGGCGCCUGGUACGGAGGGUCAAUUGUCGACGAUGGACCAGGAGCAGGGUCCUUCUGAUCAGCCGGAGGAUGACUCCAAGCAGGCUCAGCCGUUCAAGAAGCUGGGUGAUGCUUUGGAGAGGUGGUAUCGCAAUCAAAAGGACAUCCAGGCUGCUGACAAUCAAGAGAGGCCCGAGAAGCAGGCGGAGGACAUGUCCAAGGCCGAGUUUCAGCAUCUGCAGGAUGACACCGCCGAAGCAGACGCGCAGGCUUUGGGGACGGCGACGGACGAGGAGGCAAAACCCAUGGAUGAUGCCAUGGCCAUCGACAACGAGAUGGAGGAGCAAGGGCAGCAGGUUCUUUCCGAAGAUGAACAACCCGAGGAAGGGGGCGAUGUCGAUAUGGAGGAUGCCGAGCCGGCCGAACCCCAAGAUGGCAUCAAGAACGAGCGUGAGGACGGCCGUUCAGGCGUGGCUACCCACCGGGGCGCUCCAGACAACAACAAGACCCCCGGUGACGAAUCCGCCCCCAAUGGCGCCGAAGACGAAGACGUUCAAGAAACUUCUACUCAACUCUCCGCCACCCAUCUUACGGAUGAAGACCGCCCUCUCCGCCCUUACGACGAGGCACUAGAGCUCUGGUCGACCUUCCAGCAGAAAACCCAAGGUCUUUCCCAGUCUCUGUCCUCCCAACUGAGGCUGAUCCUCGCACCAACCCAAUCAACCAAGCUCUCGGGGUCCUUCCGCACAGGAAAGCGACUCAACAUCAAGAAAAUAAUCCCUUACAUCGCCUCGUCGUACAAGCGGGACAAGAUCUGGAUGAGGAGAGCCAUCCCCUCCAAACGCGCAUAUCAAAUCCUGUUAUGUGUGGAUGACUCCAGCUCCAUGUCUGACGAAAACAGGUCUUCCUCUGGCCGUCUCGCGCUCGAAUCAUUAGUGAUGGUCGCCCGCGCCUUGACAAUCCUCGAAUCAGGCCAAAUUGGAGUCCUGGGCUUCGGAGAAGAAGUCUUUACCGCCCACUCGCUAACCUCACCCUCCUUCUCCUCUGGCGACACAGGCGCGAGGGUCCUCCAGAAUUUCACCUUUCAGUCUGCCGGGACGGAUAUGAUCAAGCUCAUGCGCGGGGUGAUCGAUCAGUUCCGUGACGCCCGCCUAAUGUCCCAGGGAGGGGAAGAUCUCUGGCAAUUAGCGCUAAUCUUGUCUGACGGCCUGGUCCAGUCGAGGGAUCAUGCCAGGUUGAGACCCCUGUUGAGGGAGGCGACGGAGCAGAGGGUGAUGGUUGUUUUCGUUGUCAUGGACGACGUCAGGGAUAAGAAGGGGCAUAGCGUGCUGGAGCUGAAGGAGGCGAGGUUUGGGGCUGAUGGGGUGCCGGUUGUGAGGCGGUAUCUGGAUAGUUUUCCGUUUGAGUAUUACUUGAUUGUGCACAAUCUGGAGGACUUGCCGGGGGCGCUGGCGGGGGUGUUGAGGAGUUGGUUUCAGGAGGUGAAUGCUUAG